UAUGAAUUCGAAACUCUCCUCCAAAACGCAAUCGGCAUCCUGCACUUUGGCUUGGCUGAGAGAAUAUGAAGGGGGAAGAUAGCGACCUUCCUCCUCGAUAUUUUUCUGGUUCUCUGUUCUUUUUCUGAAUCCUUCCGUGUUCUUGCAAAUUCAUGUUCAUCCAGUUUCUCUAAAGAUGUCCUGUCUGUAGCCUAUUGAAACAAUUCUUCUGCCAGGAUGUGGAAGCUAGCAUCGAACGCCUUCGCUGGCAUUCGAUCUAAGAAUAACUCUGCUGUAUCUAAGCAAGCUUUCUGGGAGUGCUCGGACGACGAGGUGUGCUCGGAAGACAGUAGAGAUGAAGAAUUGGAAUGCCCAAUAUGCUGGGAAUCUUUCAACAUUGUGGAGAAUGUGCCGUAUGUCUUAUGGUGUGGCCAUACAUUAUGCAGAAAUUGUGUAUUAGGCCUUCAAGGGUAUGUGCUGAAACUAGCAACUCGCCAAAUCCGAAUCCCGAUCUUCAUAUCGUGCCCGUGGUGUCAUCAGCUUUCCUUACGGGUCGUAUACAAGGGGAACCUGAAGUUUCCCAGCAAGAACUUUUUUCUUCUUUGGAUGGUUGAGAGCCUUAAUGGCAAUGAGGGAAAACUUGAUCACCCCUUCAAUGGGGAUAAUCAACCAGUUUUUUCUCUGCCUCCAUCCGACGCCGAUGCUUCUCAGAGGCAUUCGUUUUCAGACGGUCGUGUUAGUCGCCACGGAAUAGAGAGGCGACGACGGUUGUUUUCCUAUGAACAUUUAGAUUGCGUCAUCCAUUUAAUCUUCAAGUUUCUACUGGCUGUCAUAUUUGUUCUGAUAGUAGUUUUUGUAAUCCCUGGAAGUGCACUCAUCUUGCUGCUUUACUUGCUAAUAACUUUCCUUUUUGCAUUGCCAUCUUUGCUGAUAUUUUACAUUUCACUCCAUGCUUUGGAAAAGCUUAUGAAUGAUAUAUCUUCAUGA